GUUUUCCCUCCAGGAUCUGGCACCGCCCCUUUUGCCGGUAGGCCGGAAGCAUCAUGGCGGCGCUCAGGUUGAGCCAGGCGGCGUGGCUGUCACCGCUGGCACGCGGUGUUCUGAGUGACAUCAAGCCAGCGUUCCAAAGCAUCGUGAUCCCAGUGAGAACAAAGAAAAGGUUUUUCAUUCCGCCAGCCAUCAAAGCCAAGUACAAGCAAGAUGUUGACAGAGAGGCACGGGCCCGGGCGGCUGGGGUCGUGGUGCGGCAGCAGUAUGUGGAGAGGCCCAUCAACAUCACCUGCACAGCCGGCAUCUUUGAUGGCUAUGUCCCUCCGGAGGGAGACAGCCGACUGACGUCAAUGAGCUCAGAAGGCCUGAAGCAACGUGCCAUGCAGAUAAGGCAGACUGCAGCUUCACAGCUUGCGAUUCGGAAGGUAAAGGAAUACGAUGAUGGAUUUAGCACUAAAACGUUUCCCACCAAGGCCCAAGACAUUUACGUGGAAGCACAUGAUUGCCUGGUGAAUUUCAACAAAGUGAGACUGCACCAGCUGGUAACAGAGCGAUGCUUCCCGGAAAUGGUGCGAGGGAACCGGCUGAAGACGCUGCGCUGGCGCUUCCUGGAGUCCCUGGAACCCCCACGCCUAGUGCACGUGCGGUGCCCCAAGACUAUCGACCCCGGCAACCUGUACGGGCAGGUCACCGUGCGCCUGCUAUCCAAGCAGACGAUGGCCCUGUAUGACCGCUUCGGACGGCUCAUGUAUGGCAGUGAGGAGGUGCCCAAGGACGUGCUAGAAUAUGUGGUGUUCGAGAGGCACUUGCCCAACCCUUAUGGCAACUGGAGGCUCCAUGGCAAGAUCGUGCCACAGUGGACGAAGGAGAAGGACCCCAUCAUUAAGACAAUAAUGAUUCCUGGACCCAAACUGCAACCGUGGACAGAGCUGGAUGAGACCACCAUGGUUGAGCAGAAAGCCCCUGCUCUGCAGUGGUACAAAUGAGCGAAAGAUUUCUGCAAUUGGCAGAUGACCUACAACUCGUUUGCAUCUUAUUGGAAAGGAAACCCUCAGUCAUAAGUGGGAUGUGCUGAUCACGAAUGCACAGCUCCUCAAUGAGACCAUAGUCUCUGCAAGCAAUGCCUUUGGCUCCUGUGAUUUCUGGCAGACAGAAUUGACGCUGAUUUCUUGUGCUUAUCAUGGCUUCGAGACCAUCAAUGACCAGCUAAAUGCCAAGAAUUAUGGUUUGUAAAUAAAGUACACAUUAUUUGGG